AUGUCAUCAAAUAAAAAUGUUGUUACAAUCGGUAUUGGAGGAGCGUCUUGUUCAGGUAAAAGUGUAACAAGAUUACUUCAAAAAAUUUUACCUAAUUGUACAAUACUUUAUCAAGAUGAUUUUUUUAAGCCAGAAGAACAAAUUCCAAUUAAUUCCAUUACCAACUUAGCAAAUUGGGAUUCACCUGAAGCCAUAGAUUUUGAUGCAUUUAAAGAUUUUAUUCAUCAACUUCAUAGAACAGGACAAUUUCUUGAAUCAUUUGAAUCAAAGGAAGAAAAUGUUUAUAAUAAACGAGAAAAUGAUGAAAAUGAUAAAAAUGAAUUAGGAUUAUCGGUGAAAGAUGCAGAUCGUGAUGUUUUAAAGAAACGAAGGGAAGAAAGAAAAGGUUAUGUUACUCGUGAAGGAUACUGGAUUGAUCCACCAAACUAUUUUGAUGAUGUAGUUUGGCCAGAAUAUGUUAAAUAUAAUAAUAAUCAUUUAUUGAAGGAAAUUAAUGAAUUAACUUAG